GUUGCGAUGACGGUAGCGCACGUCACUACACCGGGUUUUCGACAGGUUACGUAUAGACGAUCGCGCCGAUACCACUCUCGAAACUAAUAAAUCACGGGAACUAAACGAAGCAUACCCUCCCGAAGAGAUUAUAGCUCGAUAUGAGAUAACAAGGCUGUGGCACGACUCCGGUGAUUAAUUACUAAAAGUCUGUUCAACUCGAAUGAUUCGAACGGAAGCGUAAUCUUGGUGGGAUUAGAUUUAGAUGAGUAAUGUAAACAGACAAACAUUGUUGGAUAGUUCCGGAAACGAAUGUUGAUUUGCUGCGUUUGAUUAUAACCGUUUAUGAACUGUAGUUAGUGUACAUAGCAGUGCAGGUGAAUGUUCCCGGAUAGGUAGGACUGGUCGGGAUGGCCGGGCAAAGGCAAUGGAUCGUAGGGCUUCUGUGGGCCGUGCUAGCUUCGGUGCUGGCUGACUCUUGGACCGCUUACCAAGAGCAGCCUUGUUGUCGCCCGGUGACGCAUCAUCGCAUACGCCACCAUCGAGAUCACAUACGGGAGUUCUCUUGUGGCAAUCUUUUUUAUCGUACUCUAUAUCUGGUUGAAGAAAGAAAUACGCUUUAUGUCGGUGCUAUGGAUCGAAUAUUUAAGCUUAAUAUGACUGAUAUAAGUCAGUCGCACUGUGAGAGAGAUGCGUUGCUGUUAGAAGCAAGUAACGUCGCUCGAUGUGUAAGCAAAGGCAAAUCAGAGCCGUUUGAGUGCAGAAACCACAUCCGAGUGCUGCAGCCGCUCGGUGACGGGGAGCGUCUCUAUGUGUGUGGCACUAACGCACACAGCCCUAAGGACUGGGUGGUCUACCUAAACCUCACUCAUCUCCCGCGGCACGAGUACGUGCCAGGCGUGGGGCUUGGCGUAGCAAAGUGUCCAUAUGACCCCGCGGACAAUAGUACGGCGGUGUGGGUCACGCGGGGCAACCCCGGCGGCCUGCCAGCUCUCUACGCAGGCACCAAUGCCGAGUUCACUAAAGCAGACCCGGUUAUUUUCCGAAACGACUUAUUUGAUUUUCGUACAGGACAAAAAAGGUUUAACUUCAAACGGACGUUAAAGUAUGACUCCAAAUGGUUGGAUAAAACCAAUUUUGUGGGUUCUUUCGACGUUGGCGAGUACGUUCUAUUCUUUUUUCGGGAAACUGCCGUGGAGUUCAUGAACUGUGGGAAAGCAGUGUACUCUCGAGUAGCUAGAGUAUGUAAACAAGAUACUGGCGGCAAGCACAUACUGAGCCAAAAUUGGGCUACUUAUUUGAAAGCCAGGCUUAAUUGCAGCAUACCAGGAGAAUUCCCGUUCUAUUUUGAUGAAAUACAGAGUGUAUAUCAGAUGCCGGGCGACCCGAGUCGGUUUUACGCUGCAUUCACGACGGGCGCUAGUGACGGUUUAAUCGGCUCUGCAAUUUGUACGUAUACUAUGGAAGACAUUCAAGAAGCUUUUGCUGGACGAUUCAAGGAACAAGCAACAUCAAGCUCGGCAUGGCUACCUGUACUCAGAGCGCGAGUUCCUGAGCCCAGGCCCGGAACAUGUGUUAACAGCACUGAGGCUCUUCCAGAUAACGUGUUAAAUUUUAUUAGGUCUCAUCCGCUUAUGGAUUCUGCGGUGAGACACGAAGGAGAUACACCUGCUUUUUACAAACGAGACCUUGUACUCACAACUCUUGUAGUAGACAGACAGUUUGUAGACAUGCUGGGGGAUGAUAUUACAUAUACUGUCUUCUACGCUGGAACAAGUCAAGGUGAAGUAUACAAAAUAGUGCAAUGGACUGGUGGUGGAUCCCGAGUGGCAGAUAUAUGGCGUGCUGCAGGUGACGAGCCGGUGCGCGCACUUGCACUGUCACGACAAAUGCACGCACUUUACCUCGCGACUGACAACCGAAUACGACAGUUGCCAUUGCGUGCGUGUACGCAUCGCUACGACAGCUGCGUGCGCUGUGUCCUCGACCCAUAUUGCGGAUGGGACAAAGAAGUCGGAGCGUGUCGUCCGUACACGCCUGGCCUCCUCCACGACGCUACUAAUUCGACGCCAUCAAUCUGCGAAGCUAGCGCUCCUCUCAAAACCGUUCGAGCGGGAUAUGGCCAAAGCGUACACCUGGCUGCUUUUGGAAAAACGCCAGAAGCGCUAAAAGAUCAGAAUGUCGCAUGGUACCACCACUCCCGGGAAAGAGGUCGUUACAAAAUCAGUUAUAAUUGGGAGCGAGUGCUACAGACAUCUGAGCGUGGCUUAGUAUUGUUGUCCGUUAUUGAGUCCGAUCGUGGCCGAUACGAGUGUUAUUUCGGACCUACUCUUAUUGCAUCUUAUAAUUUGGACAUUGAUAUUCAUAGAUGCACACAACCUAAUAAGUCCCAGGAAUACAGGCAGGUAUAUUCAGACUGGUGUCACGAAUUUGAAAAAUACAAGAGUGCUAUGAAGGCGUGGGAAUCACGACAAAUGCAAUGUUCCAAAAACAUGAAUUCAUCGAGCCAGCAAAACAGCAUGAGCAACGAGAUCGUGGCCUCGCUGCGGUGAUAGGGCACAGUUCACUAGAUUAAUGAGUGAUUGCAUUGAGCGACGUCGGCAUUAGCUAUCCGAUAUUAUGUCGAUCCUAUUUCUCUUUUUCCAAUAGCGAAAUCAUUACCUUUCAUAUGACAUACUUAUUGAAAACCAUCCAUAGCAAUUGUUAUAAAGUAUAAUUUAUACGAUUUUGUAAGUAACGAUGAAUAACACAUUUAAAUAUGUUUUUAAUUUAUUUCAAAAUAUGGUAACAAUUAUGUCUUAUUUAAAAAAAAAAGAUGAAAUUGUAAUUGUAACUAAAUCCGUAUGAAUUGAAGUUAUUGUUCAUAAAAAUCUGUUGGACUUGUAAUUCGGUGUAUGAUUAUUACAAUACUGUUUGCGUAGUGAUUGACAGAGCAUGAAUGAUGAAGCUAGCAUGAGUUGUACGUCUGUAACGUUGUAGAAUGAGAGCGAGGGGAAAUAUAAUUUGGUAAAGGAAUGAUCUGCGAAAAUAGAUAUGUCGGCUGUUACGCACACUGCGUUUCUUGAUCGAUCACUGACAUUUGUUUGACUCGGUUUGCAACUAUCUUAUUCGUCUCUGAGAUUUGGCAGUAUCAUAGUAUCGGAUAGUUUGUGUUACAAAUGAAAAUUGAUAAUAAUCGAAUUGUUGAUGAAAGCGACUGAGUAAUAAACGUAGCGAUUUAAGCUUUUCUUUAUGUUAUCCGUUUGUAAUUAAGUAUUAUCUUAAAGUUCACCUCCAUAUUGGAAUUUGUCUGUAAAUAUAAUAUUGAGAGUGGAAAUUAUCCAUGAAAUUCAAAUGCUGUGAUAUCAGUUUGCGUUUACGUCUCUGUAAAUGAAAUGAGUAAGAAGUAACGUAUAAUGUAAUUGGUGUUUAUUAAACCAUAUAUGUUUUAAUAUAUUUGUUUAUUUCUUGUUUGUUUUGGUUUUUUGAAGACCAAUAACUAUCUUUUUAUUAAAUAUAUUUAAGGUAUUAUAAAUUAAUAAGUUCACCUUCUCUCACGUCCAUUCAGAGUUUUUUCUAUAGCAAAAAUCAAUACAAACGCCAAUUUAGGUUAGAGGGUAAAUAUAUAAUAAUAUUUAUAUUAAAAGCUUAUUUAUACAAUGUCCGGGAAUGCCUUGGAUUGCGACAGCAUUUAUGUAGUUAUAUUUAUGUUAACAGAAGUUUACAAAGUUGCGUGUUAGAUGUUAUUCUGAAAUCGUAGUUACAUGUUUUAAUUUGGUCCUUUGUGUUCAAAUACAGUGUUGAUUUGUUGCCGUAAAAUGUAAUUUUAGGCCCAUUUCGGAGUUUUAAACCGAAUUUAAUAGAAAUUGUUUUGUUAUUAAUAGGUAAUCUCGCUAGAAUAGUGCCUUGUGAAGCAUGCUUAUAGACUAUUAAAAUUAUUAAUAAAAUAAUAAGAUAUUGAGUAAUAUUUUUGUGCAUUGUGUAAAGUAAAAUUGCUUAGUUGAUAAGUACGACACUUAGUAAGAUGAAAAUAAAGCAAUAACGUUCAACUAAUAGAAAAGUCGCCAGUAUUAAAUUAUUUCUAAUAAAAUAAAUAAAUUAUUAAGAAAAUUGUUCCAGCUACAAAAAUCGCUUAAUUUUUUUAUAUUGAUAAUUUUGAUUGGUAGAUCUAUCGGAUGAAAAUGAGGUAAUUCCCUUUUUUUUAAGAAAAGUUUGUUUAAACACAAAACGCAAUAAUUUGUUGGUAAGUCUAUGUUGAAAUGUAUGUCUUUUGAAUAUAAAAAAAUAAUUAAGUUUCAUAAUAUUACUUUUUUGAACACUAGUUAAGAUUGUAUAUGUUGACAGCCGUUGUUACAUUAAUCAUAUCCUAUUUUCUUUUCCAUUUUUACAUUAAUGUCAUUAACUAAAAUAUAAUUAAUCUAUUACAAUAAUAGGCUAUUACAAUAGCCCUGA